GCAAGCGAUACGUGGAUAAUAGUAAACCUUAACAUAAACGACAUCGUUCUCCAGUAAAAAUAGACCCGGCUCGAUGGCUCGAGUCCUAGAAGCUUACCGGGUUCUCUCAUCAAACUGCUCCAUUCGGAUAUACUUCCACUCUCAAGUCUCACUCCCUCACAAUCAAUUCAAGCGAUUGCCGCCCGUCGUCGCUUUCAAAUUUGUUCUUCCGCCGGAGAUUUUUUAUGGCGGAGGGACAAUUGACGAACAUAUCGGAGAUGAUACUGAAGAAGAGGAAGAAAGGGAUGAGCUUGAAUUGAGUAAUUACGGCAACAAUUACAGUAGCAGAGUGUUACAUUAGUUGAAAGUUGAAAGAUAGUUGUGCUCUUCAUAUUUUUUUAUGGUCAAUAUCAUUUUGUGGAUAGAAAACUUUAUCUUAUAGUUUCUUAAUGUUUGAUGGUCAAUGUCAUUUUGUGGAUAUCUGAACACGCAUCUUGACUUUUCGUUGAAGCUGCCACUUUCAAUAAGAUAUUAGAACUUGCAGUCUGACUUUUAAAUUUUCU